CAGUUUUUUUCUGUCAGUUUCCCACAACCGUCCUCGUACAUAGGUAGUUCUUUCUUCUCCACAGAGACAGAAAUUUUGUAGAGUAAAUUGGAUCAAAACAAAAGAGUCUGAUCGAGUUAAGAAGGAGAAGAAAUUAUUAGAAUCUUCAUUGCGUCAUGGAUCGGAAUGGAAGCUCAAGAACAAGUUCAAUUAAUUGAAUCGGUUUUGAUUAAAUCAUGUUUGAAGCUCACGUUCUGCAUUUGCUGCGGAAAUAUUUGGGUGAAUAUGUCCAUGGACUCUCAGCUGAAGCUUUAAGAAUCAGCGUCUGGAAGGGAGAUGUUGUUCUUAAGGACUUGAAGUUGAAGGCGGAAGCACUAAAUUCGUUAAAGCUUCCCGUAACUGUCAAAGCUGGAUUUGUUGGUACUAUAACGCUAAAGGUUCCAUGGAAAAGUCUAGGGAAAGAACCUGUGAUUGUUCGUAUUGAUCGUGUCUUCAUUCUUGCCCAUCCUGCUCCUGAUGGACGGACACUCAAGGCUGAAGACAGGGAAAAACUUUUUGAAGCCAAGCUUCAUCAGAUUGAGGAGGCAGAGUCAGCAACUCUUGAAGCUAGAUCUAAAUUGGGAAAUCAACCUGGUGGAAAUUCAUGGUUGGGUUCACUCAUUGCUACUAUCAUUGGGAACCUCAAGAUCUCCAUUACCAAUGUCCAUGUCAGAUAUGAGGAUACCAUCAGUAACCCAGGCCAUCCAUUUUCUUCCGGUGUUACGCUGGCAAAGCUUGCUGCUGUUACAAUGGAUGAACAGGGAAAUGAAACUUUUGAUACCAGUGGUGCGCUGGACAGAUUGCGGAAGUCGUUGCAACUUGAUAGACUCGCGGUGUAUCACGACUCUGACACCCUUCUCUGGAAGAUGGAUAAGAAGUGGGAAGAUUUGAGCCCAAAUGAAUGGAUUGAGAUCUUUGAAGAAGGUAUUAAUGAACCUCCAGCUGGUCACAAAGUGGCUUCUUCGUGGGCUCAAAAUCGCCAGUAUUUGGUAUCACCAAUCAAUGGUGUUCUAAAAUACCAUCGUCUUGGAAAGCAAGAAAGAGUAGACCCAGAAAUUCCCUUUGAGAAGGCAUCACUUGUUCUGAGCGAUGUUUCUUUAACAAUUACAGAGGCUCAGUACCAUGACUGCCUAAAACUCCUAGAAGUAGUUUCGAGAUAUAAAACACAUGUUGAUGUUUCUCACUUGAGACCCAUGGUGCCAGUUUCGGAGGGUCCUCAUGUGUGGUGGCGAUAUGCUGUUCAGGCUGGUUUGCAGCAGAAGAAAAUGUGCUAUCGCUUCUCAUGGGACCGAAUUCGAUAUCUUUGUCAGCUUCGUCGACGUUAUAUUCAGUUAUAUGCUAGUUUGUUGCAACAACUAAAAGUUGAUAAUUCUGAGAUUAGAGAAAUUGAGAGAGAUCUUGACUCGAAAGUAAUCCUUUUGUGGAGGUUACUUGCACAUGCUAAAGUCGAGUCUACAAAAUCUAAAGAAGCUGCACAGCAAAAUAGUCAAUUAAAGAGAAGCUGGUUUUCUUUCAGAUGGCGUAAUUCUUCAGAGGAUGCUUCUCCUGAGAUUGAGUCCGAGGGGCCACUUCUUAUGGAAGAAAAACUGACUAAAGAAGAAUGGCAAGCUAUUAAUAAGUUACUAAGUUACCAGCCAGAUGAGGAGUUGACUACUCACUUAGCGAAGGAUAUAAAUAUGAUUCAGUUCCUUGUAAAUGUCUCCAUAGGUCAGGCUGCUGCUCGAAUAAUCAGUAUCAGCGAAACUGAGAUUCUUUGUGGCAGAUUUGAACAACUUAACGUCACCACCAAAUUUUAUCCCCGCAGCACCCAAUAUGAUGUUUCACUGAGAUUCUAUGGCUUAUCUUCUCCUGAAGGUUCACUUGCGCAGAGUGUCAGCAGCGAGAAGAAGGUUAAUGCUUUAGCUGCUACAUUUGUGGACUCACCUAUUGGGGAAAAUGUGAACUGGCGGCUUUCAGCAACAAUUGCUCCAUGCCAUGUUACAGUAUUUAUGGAAAGCUAUGAGCGUUUUCUGGAGUUCAUGAGGAGGAGCAAUGCAGUUAGUCCUACUGUUGCACUGGAGACUGCAACAGCUCUACAGAUGAAAAUAGAGAAAGUGACUCGUCGGGCUCAGGAGCAGUUUCAAAUGGCAUUGGAAGAACAAAGCAGGUUUGCGCUGGACAUUGAUUUUGAUGCUCCAAAAGUAAGGGUUCCUCUCAGAACAGGCUUGAUUUCCACAUUUGAUGGUCACUUUCUUUUGGAUUUUGGCCAUUUCACACUUCGCACAAAAGAAGGUCAGCGUGAUGAACAGAGGCAGAGUCUGUACUCUCGUUUUUAUAUAGAGGGAAGAGAUAUAGCUGCUUUUUUCAGUGAUUGUGGUUCUGAAAGUGGAAAUUGCACUUUGGUCACUUCAACCUCUAGUUGGGAACCUUCUGGAUUACUUUUUCUGGACAACGCCGAUCAUAUCUACUCUCUUAUUGAUAGGUGUGGAAUGACGGUAAUGGUUGAUCAGAUUAAAAUACCACAUCCGAGUUUCCCAUCAACAAGGGUGUCAUUCCAAGUGCCCAAUCUUGGCAUUCACUUUUCGCCGGCUAGAUAUGGAAGAAUAUUGGAACUGUUAGAUAUAUUCUAUGGCACAGUCGACAAUUUAGAUCAAGUUGCUAAUGAAAUUUCUCAAAAUGGUGUGGCACCUUGGAGUCCUGCAGAUCUUUCAACUGAGGCUAGAAUUCUUGUUUGGCGGGGAAUAGGGAAUUCUGUGGCUGAGUGGCAACCUUGUUUUCUUGCAUUAUCAGGGUUUUAUCUCUAUGUUUGUGAAUCCGAAAUGUCCCAAAGUUACCAACGAUGCUCGAGUAUGGCUGGUCGGCAAAUAUAUGAAGUUCCUCCUGCAAGUGUCGGUGGGUCACAGUUCUCCGUUGCUGUCAGUGUCAGGGGCAUGAACAUUCAAAAGGCUCUGGAAUCUUCUAGUAAUUUAAUAAUUGAGUUUCGAGAUGAAAUGGAGAAGGCCUCUUGGAUGAAAGGACUUAUACAAGCAACAUAUAGAGCUUCUGCUCCUCCAUCUGUUGACAUACUCGGAGAAUCACAUGAUGCUCUAUCUGAACAUGGUGAACAUAGAGCCACUAAUUACGGAACUGCUGACCUUGUCAUUAAUGGGGCAUUGGUAGAAACAAAGUUGUUAAUAUACGGAAAGACUGGAGGAGAAGAGCGUGAAGAGGAUGAAGAGACACUAAUUUUAGAAAUUCUUGCCGGUGGUGGGAAGGUGCACCUUGUGCGCGGGGAAGGUGACUUGACUGUCAAGACAAAGUUGCACUCGUUGAAAAUUAAGGAUGAGCUUCAAGGUCAUCUUUCUUCAUCUCCACAGUAUUUGGCCUGUUCCGUGCAGAAGGAUGAAACUUUAGUAGCUCCCUCUAGCACUUUAGAUUUGAUUGAGAAAGAAUUGCCUGAAGUACUUCUGGAGGAGGAUGAUAUUUUCACCGAUGCGUUGCCAGAUUUCGUUUUCACUGAUCCUGUCCAUCAUUCGCAAAGUAGUGAUAUGCCUCAUUGCAGUGACCAGUAUGCUGGAGUUGAAACCGAAGCUUCAACUAACCAAAAGAAACUGACUAAAGGGAAAGGAAUUAGCGGUGAGAUAUUCUAUGAGGCACGUGAUAGUGAUAUAUCUGAUUUUGUGUCUGUUACCUUUUCCACAAGGAGUUCUUGGUCGCCUUUCUACGACGGUACUGAUACACAGAUGAGCAUCUGCAUGUCGAAAUUGGACUUCUUUUGCAACAGACCUACUCUGGUUGCUUUAAUUGGCUUCGGCUUAGAUGUGAGCUCCGCUGGUUCAGAACUUACCGGCAAUAGUGAGGUUAAUGAGAACUACCGACCGAGCAGUCCCGACGAGGAUAAAGUUCAUGAGCUUUCGGAAAGCAAAGAAAAAAUAGAAGACAGCGGACGUUCUUUCAUUAAAGGAUUGCUUGGCUAUGGUAAAGGCCGAGUGGUCUUUCAUUUGAACAUGAAUGUUGGUAGUGUUCGUGUAUUUCUCAACAAGGAGGAUAAUACUCAGCUAGCAAUGCUGGUGCAAGAAAGUUUUCUUUUUGAUCUGAAGGUUCAUCCGAGUUCUCUUUCGAUAGAGGGUACAUUAGGAAAUUUCAGGCUGUGCGAUUUGUCCUUAGGGAUGGAUCACUGUUGGGGUUGGCUUUGCGAUAUUCGUAAUCAGGGGGCUGAAUCCCUUAUUAAGUUCACAUUUAAUUCGUACAGUGCCGAGGAUGAAGAUUAUGAAGGAUAUGAUUAUAGUUUAUCUGGCCGACUUUCUGCAGUUCGUAUCGUUUUCCUUUAUAAGUUUGUCCAGGAGGUCACUCUGUACUUUAUGGAGCUCGCCACUCCACGCACAGAAGAAGCAAUUAAACUUGUUGAUAAAGUUGGGGGUUUUGAGUGGUUAAUUCAGAAGUAUGAGAUGGAGGGAGCCUCUGCUUUAAAGCUGGACCUAUCACUGGAUACUCCAAUAAUUAUCAUUCCCCGGAAUUCAAUGAGCAAAGAUUUCAUGCAACUUGAUUUAGGCCGGCUACAAAUUUCAAAUGAGAUUAGCUGGCACGGAUGCUCCGAGAAAGAUCCUUCUGCUGUCCAUCUUGAUGUUCUUCAUGCAGAGAUAUUUGGCAUUAACAUGGCUAUUGGAGUUAAUGGUCUCCUAGGGAAGCCAAUGAUACGUGAAGGUCGAAGUCUUCAUAUCUAUGUGCGUCGCAGUUUGAGGGACGUUUUCAGGAAAGUUCCAACACUUGCUGUUGAAAUUAAGAUUGGUUCAUUGCAUGGGGUGAUGUCUGAUAAAGAAUAUGAUGUUAUUCUCAAUUGUUUUUACAUGAAUAUAUCCGAAGAGCCAAAACUUCCUCCAAGUUUUCGUGGAGGUUCUUCUGUUCCCAAAGAUACAAUACGAAUGCUAGUAGACAAGGUAAAUCAGAAUAGUCAAAGCUUCUUGUCACGUACUGUUACCAUAAUGGCAGUUGAAGUGAACAACGCGUUGCUAGAGUUGUAUAAUGGCAUUGAUGAAGAGUCACCUCUAGCUCAGAUUGCUCUAGAAGGUCUCUGGGUGUCUUAUCGGAUGACAUCAUUGUCAGAAACAGAUCUAUAUGUAACUAUACCUGUAUUCUCAAUACUUGAUAUUCGUCCUAAUACCAGGCCUGAAAUGCGCUUGAUGCUUGGUUCUUCGUCUGAUUUAUCUAAGCAAGGGUCCUCAGGAAAUGUUCCGACUAGCUUUAGUAAAGUCGAUUCGAUGAGGAAGAACUUAGGUGCUACCCCUGAUUUGGAUGCCCCAAACUCAACCAUGCUAUUGUUAGACUAUAGAUUUCGGUCAUCUUCUCAAUCGUACGUGGUUCGUCUCCAGCAGCCUCGUGUGCUUGUAGUUCUAGACUUCCUCCUUGCUGUGGGUGAAUUCUUUGUUCCAUCUUUGGGGGCUAUAACUGGAAGAGAGGAAACGUCAGAUCCAAAGAAUGAUCCUAUAACUAGAAACAGCAAUAUAGUUCUGAACUCAGCCAUUUACAAACAGAGUGAUGAUGUGGUGUACCUAUCACCAGGUAGGCAAUUAAUAGCUGAUUCUCUCGGGGUUGAUGAAUAUACAUACGACGGUUGUGGACAAACUAUUGUUCUAAGUGAAGAAGCUGAUGAAAAAGACACCCUGUCUUUCAAAUCUCAGCCUAUAAUUGUAAUUGGGCGUGGAAAGAAGUUGCGGUUCAUGAAUGUAAAAGUUGAGAAUGGUACGCUAUUGAGGACACACACAUACUUGAGCAAUGAGAGCAGCUACUCGGUUUCUGCAGAAGAUGGAGUGAGCAUUGAUAGUUUCUCUUCUGAUAAUGAGGCAACAAGUCCAGAUGCUGUGCAUGGAUCACCCAACAGUUCUGUUGCUCUCACUUAUCCUGAAUGUGACAAUCAGAUACAAAGUGUUACUUUUGAAGCCCAGGCUGUAUCUCCUGAGUUUACCUUCUAUGACAGCUCUAAAUCAUCUCUUGAUGAUUCUUCACAUUGUGAAAAGCUUCUCCGUGUAAAAAUGAACCUAAGUUUCAUGUAUGCUUCAAAAGAAAACGAUACUUGGAUACGAACCCUUAUUAAGGAUCUCACUGUAGAAGCUGGAUCUGGUCUCGUUAUUCUUGAUCCAGUCGAUGUGUCAGGGGGUUACACUUCUGUUAAGGACAAGACAAAUAUAUCUUUGAUAUCAACAGAUAUAUGCGCGCGUCUUUCUUUAAGUGUUAUUUCUCUUGUACUGAAUCUCCAAAAUCAGGCCACCACCGCAUUAGAACUCGGAAAUGCUUGUCCACUGGCUUCAUGUACCAACUUUGACCGGCUCUGGGUGUCACCAAAAGGAAGUGGGGCUUCUUACAACAUUACCUUUUGGAGGCCUCAAGCUCCUUCAAACUAUGUUAUAUUGGGGGAUUGUGUGACAUCAAGGCCUAUCCCCCCUUCACAGGCAGUUCUGGCGGUGAGUAACACAUAUGGUCGUGUGCGUAAGCCAGUAGGUUUCAAUCUUAUCGGUUCGCUUGCUAGCAUUCUGGAGUUAGAAGGAGAUGGAGAAGAAUCUGAUGUUGGUUGCUUUCUCUGGAUGCCAAUUCCACCAAAUGGGUACACAGCAGCAGGAUGUGUAGUACAUAGAGGAACACUGCCGCCUCCAAAUCACAUUGUUUAUUGCAUACGUUCUGAUCUUGUCACAACUACAACAUAUUCGGAAUGCCUUUUCAGUGUUCAGCCAACGCCAAAGUUUUUAUCUGGAUUUAGCAUCUGGCGCCUCGACAAUGUUGUUGGAUCAUUCUAUGCCCAUCCCAAGGCACACGCCCCUUCUAAGGAGGUUAGUUGCGACUUCGGUCAUGCUCUUUCAGGGUACUCAAAUCAGAGUGACUCCCCUUCCCAAUAUCAUGCUUCAGAUCUUGCUGUGAACCCUGAUUAUGGAACUCAACAAGGAAGCAACAACAGCUCUAGCUCCUCUGGAUGGGACAUCCUGAGAUCAGUUUCACGAGUUAGUAGUUGUUAUAUGUCGACCCCACAUUUUGAGCGGAUUUGGUGGGACAAAGGUAGUGAUCUCCGCCGACCAGUUUCAAUAUGGCGACCUAUACCACGCCCUGGCUACGCUAUCAUUGGCGAUUGCAUAACUGAAGGUUUAGAGCCUCCGUCACUUGGAACAAUUUUUAAAUGUGACAAUCCCGAGAUUUCUGCAAGGCCUACUCAAUUGUCAAGAGUUGCUCAUAUAGUGGGAAAAGGUUUUGAUGAUGCUUUCUUCUGGUACCCUAUAGCCCCUGCCGGUUAUGCUGCUCUAGGAUGUAUAGUAUCAAAAAAAGAUGAAGCGCCACAAAUAGAUUCUGUUUGCUGUCCAAGGUUGGAUCUUGUUAACCCAGGCAAUAUUCUAGAGAUGCCCAUUUCAAGAUCAUCUAGUUCGAAGGGUUCUCAUUGCUGGAGCAUUUGGAAAGUUGAAAAUCAGGCAUGCACCUUUCUUGCACGGUCGGACCAGAAAAAACCCUCAAGCCGUUUGGCUUACACCAUGGGUGAUCCUGUGAAGCCAAAGACACGGGAGAAUGUAACUGGCGAAAUGAAGCUUAGAUGCUGCUCCCUUACUGUUGUAGACAGCUUUUGCGGAACGAUGACACCACUAUUUGACUUAACAAUCACCAACAUCAACCUGGCAACACAUGGUCGACUAGAAGCAAUGAAUGCUGUUCUCAUAUCUUCUAUUGCCGCGUCCACAUUCAACACACAAUUGGAAGUUUGGGAGCCUCUUUUAGAGCCAUUUGAUGGAAUAUUCAAGUUUGAAACGUACCAUUCCAAUGAGCAUGUACAACCAAGAAUCGUGAAGAAAGUACGUGUUGCUGCAACAAGUAUAUUCAAUAUUAAUAUAAGUGCUGCAAAUCUCAAAACAUUUGCCGAGGCUACUGAGUCAUGGAGAAGACAUGCAGAACUUGAGCAAAAAUCGGCAAAACCAAAUGAGGAAUCUGGUGGUCUGCUUAGUCUUGGAGAUGACUCAACUUACUCUGCUUUGGAUGAGGACGAUUUUCAGACAGUGGUUGUAGAAAAUAAACUUGGUUGUGACAUAUAUAUUAAGAAAGUUGAGCACAACGCAGAGACGGUUGAACUACUACAGCAUGAUCAGUAUGCAUCUGCAUGGAUUCCUCCACCAAGGUUUUCAGAUAGGUUAAAUAUCGUAGGUGAAUCUAGGGAAGGACGCAAUUAUGUUGCUGUACAGAUAUCUGAGGCGAAGGGGCUACCAAUUGCUGAUGAUGGCAAUGGUCAUAGCUUCUUCUGUGCUUUGCGUCUUGUUGUUGAGAGUCAGGCUACAGAUCAGCAGAAGCUUUUUCCUCAGAGUGCAAGAACAAAAUCAGUAAAGCCGCUGAUAUUAAAAAACAAUGACAUGGAAGAAGGCAUUGCAAAGUGGAAUGAACUUUUCAUAUUCGAAGUUCCUCGAAGGGGGCUUGCUCGGUUGGAACUGGAGGUGACAAACCUUGCUGCCAAAGCUGGCAAAGGUGAAGUAGUCGGUGCUGUUUCAAUAUCUACCAGCAAUAGUGCAACUACAUUGAAAAAAGUUGCUUCUGUAAGGAUGUUGCGCGUCCUAUCUGAUGUUAAAACUGUAGUAUCAUAUCCACUUCGGAAAAGGGGGCAGUUGAAUGUUGAUGAAGGCAUUAACGAUUGUGGAUACCUAUCAGUUUCCACAUCUUAUUUUGAAAGGAAAACAAAUGCAAACCUUCAAAGACAAAUGGAAAGUGUGAGUGAAAUCGAUAGGGAUGUGGGAUUCUGGAUUGGGUUUGGCAAGGAGGGGCCUUGGGAGAGCUUCCGGUCGUUGCUACCGCUUUCAGUUGAUCCAAGGUCAUUAAAUGAAAAUUUAAUUGCAUUGGAAGUGGUGAUGAAGAAUGGCAAGAAGCAUGCGAUUCUAAGGGGUCUUGCUACAGUUGUCAAUGAUUCCGACGUUAAACUUGAUCUUUCUGUAUGCCCUGUUUCUUUGCUUCGAAAUCGUACUCCUCCAACUUCUGAAGGAGGCCAUCAGAAUGCUGUGGUAGAAGAGGUCUAUGAGAACCAACGGCACCAAGCAAUUUCAGGGUGGGGAAACAAGUGGCCUGGUUUCCGUGGUAAUGAUCCAGAGAGGUGGAGUACUAGGGACUUCUCGUAUUCAUCAAAGGAUUUUUUUGAGCCUCCACUACCUUCUGGGUGGCGAUGGACCACUACCUGGACUGUUGAUAAAUCUCAGUUUGGGGACAUCGACGGUUGGGUGUAUGCUCCUGAUUAUCAGAGCUUACUAAAAUGGCCACCAAAUUCUUCAAUGUCACCCGCAAAGUCAUCCCUCCAGGUUGUUCGCCGAAGGCGUUGGAUCCGCACAAGGCAACCAUUAUCCACUGGAAGUAUUAGUAGCAUGAAUGAUGUAGUCACUAUUUUGAGUCCAGGAUCAUCGUCCGUCUUACCUUGGAGAAGCACAUCUAGCGACUCUGAUCUAUGUAUUCAAAUUCGUCCUCAUGUUGAGUAUCCUGAACCCUCGUACACAUGGGCUGUGGGUUCUGGUUAUGCCCGUGAUAAUGAUCAGUCGUUCUUUGAGCAAGGAUCGCUUUCAAGACAAAAUACCAUGCAGCGUGGGAAUGCAUCUUCCUCUUUUGCUUUUAAGUUGAAUCAGCUUGAGAAGAAGGAUGUUCUUUUGCAUUGUGAUCCAAGUUCUGGUGGUAAACAAAGCUUUUGGCUCAGCAUUGGAACCGAUGCUUCGGUUUUGCAUACUGAACUAAAUGCACCUGUUUACGAUUGGAGAAUAUCGAUCAACUCUCCAUUUAAAUUGGAGAGUAGACUUCCUUGUCCAGCUGAGUUUACAGUGUGGGAAAGAAUGAAGGAUGGAGUUAGUAUUGAGAGGCAACAUGGUAUCAUCUCAUCACGAAGGAGCGUACAUAUCUAUUCAGCAGAUAUGAAAAGACCUAUUUAUCUUACUCUCUGUGUUCAGGGGGGAUGGGUUUUGGAAAAGGAUCCUGUGUUGAUUCUCGAUCUUUCUUCUCUUGGCCAUGUAUCAUUCUUUUGGAUGGUUCACAAGCAAAGUAGAAGGAGAUUGAGAGUGAGCGUUGAACGUGAUACUGGAGUAACUAAUGCUGCACCAAAAACAAUAAGGUUCUUUGUGCCGUACUGGAUUAGCAAUGACUCCUCUCUGCCAUUAUCAUAUCGUAUAGUAGAGGUUGAGCCUACAGACACUGCAGAGGCCGACUCACCAUUACUCUCUAAAGUUAAAUCUGCAAAGCAUACCUUGAGAACUUCUGCAAGCACAAAUUAUCGUAAAAAUUCUAUCAUAAAGAGAAAUAUUCAAGUGCUAGAAGAAAUUGAGGAUUCAAAUCUUGGCCCAGUUAUGCUAUCUCCACAAGAGUAUGCAGGGCGAAGUGGUAGUUCCUCAUUUUCUGCUCGACAUGAUACAUCUCAAUCCCGACGAGUGGGUAUUUCUGUUGCUAUCCGCCAGUCAGAUUAUUACAGUCCUGGGGUUUCUCUUAUGGAGCUGGAAAGCAAGGAACGGAUCGAUGUCAAUGCCUUCACCUCAAAUGGAUCUUAUUACAAACUUUCAGCUCUUCUUAACAUGACAUCUGACAGAACAAAGGUUGUUCACUUCCAACCUCAAAGUGUAUUCAUCAAUAGAAUUGGUCAAAGUGUAUGUAUUCAACAAUAUGACUCUCAAUGGGAGGAGUGGUUUCAUCCAACAGACCCUCCAAAGCCGUUUCAGUGGAAAUAUUCAGGCAUUGAAUUGUUAAAGUUACGAAUGGAGGGAUACAAUUGGAGUACACCUUUUAGCAUUGGAUGUGAAGGCCUAAUGUGUAUUCACUUAAAGAGCAAUGUUGGAAAUGAUCAGAUAUCUCUGAGAGUAGAAGUGCGAAGUGGAACGAAAAAUUCCCGAUAUGAAGUUCUCUUCCGCCCUUCUUCUUUUUCAAGCCCUUACAGGAUUGAAAAUCGUUCAAUGUUCCUACCAAUACGUUACCGGCAAGUGGAUGGUUCCAGUGAUUCCUGGCAGUAUUUGCCUCCAAAUGCAUCUUCCUCGUUUUUGUGGGAAGAUCUAGGUAGGAAAAGGUUGUUGGAAGUCUUGGUUGACGGAACUGAUCCAUCAAAAUCACAGAAGUAUGAUAUUGAUGAGGUUUUCGACCACUAUCCUAUUCAUGAAACUGGUGGUUCAGCUAGGGCUAUACGUGUUACAGUUCUCAAAGAACAGAAGACAAAUGUCGUCAAGAUUAGUGAUUGGAUGCCUGGAGAUGAUCCUCCUGAUACAAUGCCCAAGAGAGAUCUUUCUUCUUUAUCGAAAUUGACUGGAAGUAGUUCCCCAAACCAAUUGCAGCUUACUCCUACAGAUAGUGAGUUUCACAUCAUUCUUGAGGUCGCAGACCUGGGCUUAUCGAUUAUUGAUCAUACACCGGAGGAGAUACUCUACCUAUCAGUGCAAAAUCUUCUGCUGUCGCACUCAAGUGGCUUGGGAUCUGGUAUUAGUAGGUUUAAGUUGAGGAUGAGCGCUAUUCAAGUGGAUAACCAAUUGCCACUCACUCCAAUGCCAGUUGUCUUCCGGCCUCAGAGAACUGGAGAACAGCUCGAGUACAUCUUGAAAUUCUCUUUUACAACACAAUCAAAUGGGUCACAAAAUAUAUGUGUCUAUCCAUAUAUUGGUUUCCAUGGCUCCGAGAAUUGUGCCUUCUUGAUAAACAUCCAUGAACCAAUCAUAUGGCGCAUUCAUGAAAUGAUCCAGCAUGUUAAUCCCAGUAGGUUAUAUGAGUCACAAACAACUGCUGUUUCUGUUGAUCCAGUUAUACAGAUUGGUGUGCUUAACAUAUCGGAAAUCCGAUUCAAAGUAUCAAUGGGAAUGUCACCAACUCAAAGGCCAAGGGGCGUUCUUGGUUUCUGGUCAUCUUUGAUGACUGCUUUGGGGAACACUGAGAAUAUGCCAGUCAGGAUUAAUCAAAGAUUUCAUGAGAAUAUAUGCAUGCGGCAGAGUGCUCUUAUUAGUAAUGCCGUUUCCAACAUUCAAAAGGAUCUUCUUGGUCAGCCACUUCAACUGCUAUCUGGUGUUGAUAUACUUGGGAAUGCCAGCAGUGCAUUAGGCCAUAUGAGCAAAGGUGUUGCUGCAUUAUCAAUGGAUAAGAAGUUCAUACAAGGCCGCCAGAGACAGGACAAAGUCGAAGACAUAGGUGAUGUCAUUAGAGAGGGAGGUGGAGCUCUAGCUAAAGGCCUGUUCAGAGGAGUCACUGGCAUCUUGACGAAGCCUCUAGAAGGUGCAAAAUCUUCCGGUGUUGAAGGAUUUGUUCAGGGUGUUGGUAAAGGUCUCAUAGGUGCUGCUGCACAGCCUGUGAGUGGUGUCUUGGAUCUUUUGUCGAAGACUACUGAAGGUGCAAAUGCUGUAAGAAUGAAAAUAACAGCUGCUAUAACUUCAGAAGAACAACUUCUUCGUCGCCGUCUUCCUCGAGUAAUUAGUGGGGAUAACUUGCUUCAUCCUUAUGAUGAUUACCGAGCCCAGGGACAGGUCAUCUUACAGCUGGCCGAAUCUGGUGCAUUUUUCGGCCAAGUCGUUGAUUUGUUUAAAGUUCGCGGGAAGUUUGCUUUGUCAGAUUCAUAUGAAGACCACUUUUUACUUCCUAAAGGAAAAAUACUUGUUGUCACCCAUCGAAGAGUUCUACUUUUACAGCAACCUUCUACCAUUAUGGCUCAAAGAAAGUUUAGUCCAGCACGAGAUCCGUGUUCAGUAUUGUGGGAUGUGUUAUGGGAUGAUCUCAUGACGAUGGAGCUAACCCAUGGAAAGAAGGACCACCAGAGGGGAUCACCUUCACGGCUCGUACUUUACUUGCAGACAAGAUCAACAGAGUCAAGGGAACAGACGCGCAUCAUAAAAUGCAUUCGUGAAUCUCAACAGGCUGUCGAAAUUUAUUCUUCAAUUGAGCAAGCUAUGAGCAUUUACGGACCAAACCAUUUGAUGGGAAUGCAAAAGAAGAAAGUGACAAAGCCGUAUUCUCCAGGCACUGAAGAUGCAGAUUCUGAAGUAAUUCCAAAAGAAGGAGCCUGUGUCUGGAGUCCCCAACAAGUACCUGCAUCUGUCUCUUUGAGACCAACUUUUGGAAGCAGCUCAACUUGAUUAAGGACAAAAAAAUAGCAUUGCUUGGGAAUAUGGUGUAACUGUUUCCUUCUUGACAGGCCUAAAUGGUUUCAUUCAUAAGGAUUUGUAGAUAUGUAUAUGAGUUACGAAAAGCCGUGGCUGUUUCUGGAGAGGAGGUUUCAGAGACUUCUCAACAAAGAUUUUGGCGAUAUCGUUUUAUUUGACAAUUUCUUCAGUUAAAAUAUAUAGAAAAGAAAUGCAGAAUCGAGUGUAUAUAUAUGAAUCUAUAUAUAUUGAAAGCUUCCUCUGUAAAUACAACCAACUUUACUAGUCGGCAGUAACUUUAUGUUACACAUGCUGCCAUUUGUAUAUAUUAAUACCAGCAUUUCUGUUA